GUACGAAGGAGGGGCAUUCUUAUUAAGAGGCCGCUUGUUUCGUCUUCCAUCCGUUUCUCACUAACUUGAUCCUAUAUAGUACCUGCAUCUGCGUCUGUAUCUACGUUGAUCUAUCUGUCUUUUGUUAUUUCCGUAAACAUAUAUCUCCUUUUUCAGAAUGGCGUCCAACCCCCCAGGCCAGUGCUGUGCUUCCGGCUUCAAGCAUGAAGGAACUCCAGUGGGUGAAAUUAAGACCGUUGGAGGUGUAAACACCUACGUUACUCUCCCCAAGGGCCAGAAGACAGAAAAGGCCAUACUUUUCUUGCCCGAUGUCUUCGGCAUUUACACCAACAGCCAGCUUCUCGCGGACGAAUUCGCGGCAAAUGGAUACGCGACUGUGCUGCCGGAUUAUUUCCGCGAGGAUGCCCUCAAACUAGAGGAUAUGAACUCCGGCAAGGUCGAUGUCCCUUCUUGGCUUAAGAACCACCAGGCUGAGCAGGUUGAACCUAUCGUUGGCGCGGCUUUGAAGUACGCCAAGGAGGAGCUGGGGGCUAAGAAGAUUGGCGCUGUGGGAUAUUGCUUCGGUGCCAAGUACGUUGUCCGCUGGCUGAAGGCCGACAAAGUUGACGUCGGUUACGUCGCCCACCCAUCCUUCGUUACACAUGAGGAACUCGCGGCUAUUCAGGGUCCCCUGUCAAUUGCCGCUGCUGAAACCGAUAACAUCUUCACUACCCAGCUCCGCCAUGAGUCUGAGGACACACUCAUUAAGACCGGCCAGCGGUGGCAGAUAAACCUUUACAGCGGUGUCGUGCAUGGAUUCGCGGUUCGCACUGAUCUCAGUGAUGUGUACCAGAAGUGGGCUAAGGAGCAGGCUUUCUGCCAGGCCAUCCAGUGGUUCAAGAACUUCCUGUAGAUAUAUUGGGACAUGCGCGCAGGUAGUAACGAUAGCUGGCCCCUGUGAUUCAUGAGCAAUGGAACGUACACGUUGUAUGAAGAGAUCCUUCUGCGGAAAAAUGGAGCAGCGUAGACCAGGUAAUCUU